UAUCAGCUAACGGUCGAUAAUCGCGAAUGAAGGAAAAUCUCCACUCCGUCACAGCGUGACAAGAAAACUUCUAACUGUUGUGUGUUGUGUGUAUGUGUAGUACUACCAAAUAGUGGAAUGUUUCGUUAGUUUGGCAGCCUAGCAAAAAGUUCGACACAGGAAAUACAAAGUGAGCAGUUGUGAACGGCUGCCUGCAACAGUGUUGUAGCAAAAUCGUUAGCCGAGGUCUAAUAUGCCAUUCAGUGUCAGCUGCAUUAAUAUUUAAUGAGAAAACUCGGAAAAAUACGUUUGCCAUUCUGACUGAAGCAAGGCUAAGGUGGAAUUUGUGUUGGGUGUUUCUAUCGUGAUCGGAAGUCGACGUAUAAGUGAAAAGUGCUAUUGAUUUCAGUCGGUGCUGGAUCUAUUUUGGAUAAAAAGCACAAAUUGUGGAAGAAGGAGUUUUAUCAUUAAAACAUAUCACAGUGAACAGCACAGAGCAAAAUUAUGAUUUGCCUGUCUGUUUGCGAGUGAUGCUGAGCAGGAGAGGGCGAAGAGUAAAAUCAGAGAACAUACUCCUUAGACCACGUGAGAUGAGGAGAACCUAAUCAGCUGUCUGGUCUGUCAGGAUGACUUGCUUCAGCAUCCAGUCAGUGGCUGUGAUUAGUGUUGGUUCAUUCGAGUAAGUGCCGCCGGAGCGUUUGGCUCCUACUUUUGUGUGCUAGUGUUCGUGUUGAUUGUCUGCUAUUUCUGUUGUGUGUACGAAAAGUGUAACAAUUGCAAACAAAAAUCGGUACUGGUGACGAGGAAAAAACGUGACUUCCUCAGUGUUUGUCUCGUUUGAUUCACUAUUAACGUUUUUUCACAAGCGUUUGCUUGAAGUAAGGACAAAAAGAAUCGGUUUUAUUCUUUGCAACUAUCAAUUUUUGCUCCCGAAUGUAUAUAACAUAACGCAUUUUUGCACCUCACACUAGCUGCAAGUUUAACUGCGGGUAAAAACAAGCACUCAAAGUUAGUAGCUGUUGAACGAGCUGCCGAAAGCCGUUGCUUCAUCCAUUCGCCAAACAAUUUAAGUGCGCGCUUCUUAGGAGCAGGCUCUUAGAUUGCGCCCAACAGAUCUUCCAACACUCGUUUCCUGCUCAGCUCACCUAAAAAAAGCCAUAAAGACUACCCACUACCCCCUAAUCAAGUUUCGUGCAGUAUCAUAACUUUACCACGUAGCAGACAAUAUUCUUCUGCUCCAUUUUAGUUCGUAGUAAGAGGAAAACGCUUGACUCCCGGCUGCCAGUGAUUAGGCAAACAAAAAAGUGAAACGAAGACACCGGAACAAAAGGUCGAACAGCUGGUCAAGCGCAAUGUCGUCGUUGGGGAUGAAGUUGGUUUUAUCCUUCGGUCGCUUCUCGGAACCCCAAUAGAGCAGCUGUCCGUCGAGAGUUUUCUUGGCUGGAGGUGUAUUUUGCACUGGAUCUGACACCGUCGUCCAGACUACGAUGACCAGCGGAAAUGUAAACAAACUGUAUUAAUAGCCAAACACAUUAACAUCCGUACCGGUCGAAAUGUAUGUGUGAGGGGGCAGCGUUGGCUCCUGUGAACGAUAAGCGUAGAUAAGUGGGCAAGUGGUGUAUUUUUGACAGUGAUGAGUUUGAUAGAGUGUAACUAAUUGCGGUGAUCCGGUUUAGCGUGUGGCCCCGUGACUUUGGUUUGCUUCCGUCUGAUAUUGUUAGUUUCUUGGUGAAAUAGGAAUGAAUGUAUACGGUGAAAUAUGUGUAAACAAAAAGUGGCCAAAUCUCGAGGAACAGAAUAAUUCGUUCCGCGUUAAGUAGUUGCGAACAAAAUAGGCGAUAAGGUGUUGUGUUUGAGGAGAAAAAAAAACGGAAAAAUCACUGAUUUAUCUCGGAGCUCCUUGGAGUCCCGCAUUCAGACAGGAAAAUGACGGAAGCGGACAACUACGAUGAUGAGCUCGUUUCGGCAAAUCCGAACCAACGGAACUGGCGCGGAAUUUUGAUCGCUCUUCUCGUCAUUAUCGUGGUGCUGGCACUAAUCGUGACGUCUGUGGUUUUGCUCACCCCACCGGACGAAGGCCCACGUGUGAAAGGACUGCGGAUAAAACUACAAGAUAUUAUAGACGGAGAGUACGCCCCAAGAAAGCUCAAUGGAAGCUGGAUCGGACCGGACGAGUUUCUAUACCAAAACCACUGGGGAGAAGUCAGUUUGCUCAACAUGAACAAUCUCUCGGAGCGAAUUCUGAUGUCCAAUACGACUCUGAAAACGCUUGCUCCUGCCAAAUUUUCCAUCUCAUCCGAUCGAAAGUUUCUUCUGCUGGCGCAAAACGUGAAGAAACUUUUUCGGCACUCUUUUCUUGCUCAAUACACCGUUUACGAUAUCACAACGAGCGAAACGAUUCAGCUGACCCUGAAGGCCGACGACGACGAAUGGCCGUUCCUGUUGCAUGCCGAAUUCACACCGAAAGGGCAGUCGAUAGUGCUGGUGCACAUGUACGACAUCUACUACAAACCAUCGGCACGAGCCACCCAAACUUAUCGACUGACAAGAAGUGCCAUCCCCGGAAUUAUUUACAAUGGCGUGCCAGAUUGGCUAUACGAGGAAGAAAUUCUACAGAGCAACAAAGCUAUCUGGCUAUCCAACGAUGGCCACCUGAUGCUGUAUGGUACCUUCAACGAUUCGAUGGUACAAGAGCAACAAUUUUCUUGGUACGGAAUGGCUGGCGGGGACAUUAAUCUUUAUCCGGAGAUCCGUUCGUUGAGAUACCCGAAGCCGGGCACGAAGAAUCCCACAAUCACGCUAAAAGUUGCAGACUUGGCAGAUCCCAAGAGCAUACGGACGCGCGAACUAACGCCGCCACCGAUCUUGUUAAAUCAGGAACACUAUUUCACCAGUGCCGCUUGGGUAUCGCAAACUGAAGUGAGCGUAGUUUGGAUGAACCGACCGCAGAAUCUGUCGGUCGUAACGCUGUGCAAAAGUCCGAUGUGGUACUGUCAGGAGACACAUCGGAUUAGUGGCGACGGGCGCGGCUGGGUGGAUGAGAUGUCAGUUCCCUUUUUCAGCCAGAAUGGAAGCUCCUACAUUGCCAUUUCACCAUUACGAGACGGAGCGGCAGGACAUUUCCGACAUCUGGUGCAUGUACACAUCGGCAAAAAACGUAUCAUUCCAUUGACACAUGGCCGCUUCGAGGUGAAUAAAAUACUCCACUGGGAUCAGACCAACAACUUUAUCUAUUAUUUGGGCGUCCCAGAGCACUCACCCGGGCAGCAACAUUUAUACCGGGCGUCAUCAUUGCCUCCCAAACAGGGCACAUCACCCCGUGCUCCUCGGUGUCUUACCUGUUUUCAUCAACACAGUGGCCAUUCGCAUCAGGUGACCAUGGUUAAGGCCUCUAACCGGGUGCAGCAACAGUGGAACGAUGACUGGGAGGACGACGGCGAGGACGAAGAGGAGUACAUUGAAAUCCCAGUGAUAACGGCCUCUCCAAAAAAGAAGCGAAAAGCAGAAGAACCACCAAUCAUUCCGCAAGCUCCGUGCCAGUUUUUUACGGCAACUUUCGCGCCCAACAGCAACGAGUUUGCUCUGAUAGAGUGCCUCGGCCCAGUGGUGCCAUUCAGUGCCAUAUAUCGAAUUCUGCUGGAUCCGAGCAAAAGUCCCACACAGGUUCUAUUCUACCUGCAGAACAAUACAGCGCUGGUGGAGCGCGUUUCCAGAGUUGCACUGCCACAGGUCAAAUCGUUCCCUGUAAUGAUUUCGGGAGGCUAUCAUGCACAGGUGCGCCUGUUCCUGCCUCCCGGACUGCGCGAGGACGAAAUCACACGGUACCCGAUGAUCGUUCACGUCUAUUCGGGCCCUGGAACACAGCUCGUAACCGACAAGUGGCGCAUCGAUUGGAACACAUAUCUGGCUGGAACUAAAGACUACAUCAUCACCCAAAUCGAUGGUCGGGGUUCCAGUGGACAGGGCUAUCAGCUGCUGCACGAAGUGUACCGGCGGCUCGGUACCGUGGAAGUGUCCGAUCAGCUCGAAGUCGCCGAGUAUCUCCGGGAUAGUUUACACUUUGUUGACAAGCGACGAGUUGGCAUCUGGGGCUGGAGUUACGGUGGCUAUACGGCAACCCUAGCUAUGGCCAGCCCGACAACGCUGUUUCAGUGUGGCGUCAGUGUUGCUCCUGUCACUAACUGGAAGCUCUACGACUCGGCGUACACGGAGCGCUACAUGGGAUUGCCGAACGUUACCGACAAUUACAAGGGCUAUGAUGACAGUGAUUUAUCAAAACACGCUGAAAAGCUGCGAGAUAAGCAAUUUCUCAUGAUCCACGGCACGGCAGACGAUAAUGUGCACUUCCAGCAGAGCAUGGUGUUCUCCAAGACGCUAUCGGCCAAAGGAGCCCUUUUCAAGCAGCUUAUAUACCCGGACGAGGGUCAUAACCUAGCCGGUGUGAAGCGGCAUCUGUACCGUUCGAUGACGCUGUUUUUCGAAGAUUGCUUCCGGAAGCUGGUGCCUCAGGAGGUGAAAGCUGGCCUCGGUAACGGUGGCUCCAGCGAUUAAUAUUUGCUGGACUACUUCAGCGACAUUGACCCAGCGUCAAGUUUUAUGUAAAAGUUUCUUCCUACUUCUUCAAGCAACUCGUAGCACAGCACAGAAGCAGCAUGAUCUGAAGCUGCUCCAAAAGUAGGCAUUUAUUAGCAGCAGCGUGACUCCACCGUUUGAUGCAGACGGGGCCGCCUUAUACUUAGUGUUUUCUCUACGUUUCACUCCAAUAAACCGUAGCAAAAACUGUUGGUGCUGCUUCCAAUAGCCUCCAGGAGACAACAACAAUACAGACAUCUUGUUGAACAUCAUCAUAACGAAUCACUUCAGUAGGAACAAACUUUAGACAGUAAACUUGUAGCUGGUGGUCGCGUAGUAGUGCUACCAAUAGUGAAGAAGAGAGCUUUCUGAUUAAAUUAUAGGAUACCACAGGAAAAAAACACAAAACUGUUCACUCUUUUCCUGACAGUAUGCGAGUGGAAUGAAAUCCGGAAAAAAAUAUGGUUGUGACUAAUUUCCGAUAGGGCGAAGAAGAGUGCUGGUUGCAGUUUAGCGUUUAAUAAAUGCAAUAUCUAGAUAUUUAGAAAGAAGUAUUAACAACUGUGUUAGUGAGAGCGAAAUGCGACCAUUAGGUGCUUAAUUUUUUGGCAAUGCUUCACGAACUGAUUUCGGUUUCAUCUUUUUGUACUUACUCCAUUGUUAAUGGAGUAAGUAAAAUUAAUUAGACAAUAAAUUUUGCCGUUUCUAUGAUUUCUAGUAGGUAUUUGCUUUAAUUCAAACUGUUUAGUGUGGAAAAAAUCGAUGAUUCUGUAAACAAUGCAAAAUCAAAUGCAGAAUCAAUUCAGAAUUUUACAAUCAAAAGCCUGAAAGGCUAAAACAUUUGCCGAGAACCAACAUGUACAUCAGUCAUCAUGACUGAAGAAGCAGAAAAUUAAUAGAUUUAUUGCAAUCGCGCACCCCAAUUUUUGCGCUGCAAAACCUCGUUAAAGGUUCCAUGAUUUAUUAUUAGAAUAAAUUCCAUCCUAAUUUCAUCCCCCAAAUGAGUUCAUCACACGAGAACGAAAUGAAAAUUUGAUUUCAUGAAAAACCGUAUUCGUUGCGCAACCAUCGCAUUAAACGAGAACGAAGCUAACAUAACCGAAAGUAAUAUCUUAAAAUAUUAAAACAAGGAAAACAAUCAGCCAAGACAAUAUUCUCUUCUCCAUCCCUGGGCACCAUGCGCGUAAUGACUCAACCGAGGCUAACCAUUGGGACCUGGAAGCUCAUCUAUUCUUCUGAGUCGUUAAUUUUCAUAUUCGUUUCCAGCCAGCAAGCACCGAUAGAUGCCCACGGUAGAGUCCGUGUAGUUACGUCUAAUUAACGCUGUUAUUUUUUCAAAUCCGUUUCGGUCGACUACAGCCACGUCCUCCGGUGCGGUGAGGUGCGAAAGUCGGGUUAGUGUUUUCUCGCCUGUGCCCGUUAAUUCGAGGUGUGAUAAAGUCAUUUAAAAAGGGUGCAUUCAUUCGGCCUUCGGGCUGGCCAACGCAAGCAAACGGAGCUCUGGAACUGUGAAGCGAUAUCCUAGUGGGUAAUGCGUACAGCUUUGCUCUAUCAGCAAACUAGGCUUCUAAGGUUGAUUCUGCGAAAAGCCAUAAAAGGGUGGUCGGGGAAUUAUUCGUUGUGGGAAUGUUAAUUUGGUUAGGUCAUUUCUGUACAUUUCGGCUUUUGAUUUUGAUUUUCCCAUCGAGCAACAUACAAGGCUCAUUUUAAUUUAAAAAAAAUACUACAAAAAAUUGUUAUUAAAGUUUCGAAGCACAUUUCAAGACACUUUAGUUCUAAUGGUAAAUGAAACCAAACAUUUUGCAUGGUUUUGGUAACCUUUUUUGUCUUAAAGAGUCUUUUAGUUUUUAAACAAAUUCCAAAUUAUUUAUGCAAUGCUAUCGAACUUGCGUGGAGCUUUAGUCAGAGCCAAAAAAAUUCAAUCGCUAGAAUGCUUUCUAUCUUUCAACUCAUUCCCGAAUCGAAUUUUAAAGAUCGUUCAGGAAAGAGAGCCUUGUAUCAAAUCAAAUCAAGAUUACAGAUAACAUGAUACGACAGUUUUUUUCUUUGUCCUAGCUCUUUUUUCAACUUUUAAUGGGUUUUCACAUGAAACAUCCCCUUAUCACUUGAUUGAAAAUGUGGAGCUGACCUUGUAUCUGUUUUCCGGAGUGAAACAAUUUUUUUUUUCAAUCAGUAUUGAUUUAAAAACGCUUAUGGAUGUCUAGUACCACAGAUUCCUUCCAUGAUUUUUAAAACAUUGCAUUGAACAGUAACACUUUUAAAGAGCAUACUGUUGAAAAGAAAACUUACGUUACUACACACUUAAUUUACCUCGGUUGAAUGCCUAACACAAAUUCGGUUGAGUUGUACCGCAUAGUCAGAAAACCAUUUUGUCGUAAAUAAACAACAUAAGCCAGGUUGUUUUACUUACUUUACUUUUACUUGCAUACCGACAGAUCUUAGAGAUCCUACGCCGAAUCAAGAAUACGCCUUCAUAAAACUCGGUCUUCCGCUACUCCUCUCCAGUCGCCCCUUACACCCGUAGCUUGGGCAUCUUCGUCCACAGCACACGUCCAAUUCUGGCGGAGUCUGCCUCUAUGUCAUCGGUCUCUAUCCGGGUCUCUGCUAAACAUAACCUUUUACGGUAACUCAGUGCUACGUUGCCAGUUCACUGUAACCUGCCGUGUUUAAUCAACUUGACAAUAUCAGCGAGUUUGUAUACUUCGUACAGCUCGUGACUCAAGGACCUGCGUCACACCGCAUUAUCUAGAUUACCACCGAGUAUUGACCGCAAGAUUAAACGCUCGAAGACCUCAAUUGCUCGCUGAUCACCCUCCUUCCACGUCCACGAUUCAUGUCCGUAGAGCGCCGCCCGGAGUAUCAGCGGCAUGUAUAGCGCAAAUUUCAUGCAGAUGUGUAGGUUGCGGGACCUCAGCUGGCUACGCAAUCCGUAAUAAUCCCUACUGGCUGCAGCAAUUCGUCUCUUCAUCUCGCUCUACUUCGAAAGUAUUCCCAUCCAUCAUCACCGCAGCACCAAUGUCCGUAGGUGUACCACGCUCUCUGCCUGCCUCCAUGUACUUCGUUUUAGCAGUAUUCAUGGUAACUCCAAUUCUCAGCUCCACAAUUAAUACCGACCAUAUCCACGUUGUCCGCAAAACAUAGAAGCAUCAGAGACUUAUGAUCUAUUAACUCUUCUGCAUAAUCUGCCACAAGUCGGUGCGUUUCACUGAAUCGUACACCGCCUUUUGAAGUCUCUAAACAGAUAAUAUGUCUUCAAGUUGUGCUCUCGAUAUUUGUCGAGAAUCUGUUGAGGUGAACAUCUGAUUCGUUGUAGGUCGUCCGGCUCGAAAACCGCACAGGUAUUCAGCAACGAAGGCUUCCUGCAACGGCCUUUGUCUAUGAAACAGAUUUCGGGAGAGAAUGUUAUAUGCGAAAUUGAGGAGGGCUAUGCCAUGAUAUGCUACAAUCGAGCCUGUAUCUCUUCCUAUAGGUAGGGCAUUUGAGUCCUUCCAACCGGUUCGUAGGUAGGAUUUCCUUAAAUCAUACCCUCAGGAUAAUCUAGUGAACUGCAGUAUACAGCCGUUCGCUCUCGAUUUUGGUGCUUCCCAGCGGCGUUGUGGUUCUUCAGCUCUUCGCAAGCUUUUAUCACCUCGUCCUAUAUCCUCUCCUAUUUCUCUUCUGCUUUCCUCGACGAGCCUCUUUACUUCCUCAACACUACUUCACCUGGCCACCUGCGAUUUAUCGGUUAUCAGGUCCCCUCCCUGUCAUUACACAUAGCAGAAACCAUCGGGUGGUGCCUGGUGUGCGAGGUGAAGCUUCUUUUGGCAGCCAAGCUUCAAGCACCGAUUGAAAACAGGUGCUACAAAAGCAAAUGAGCGGUGGCUCAAGUGCUUGAGCUCGAGGUCAAAUGUGUUAUCAAAGCCGGGGGCUCAUCCGCCGUCAAUCUUGCCUACUCUGGGACCAAACUGUUCGAAUUGCUGACCAUGGCAACACCCUCAGAAACAGCCAGCUCGAAAGGGCUGACGAUGUUUAACCCCAAAUUGUGUGACGACACGAACUGCUGCCCCAGCGCGUUCGCCUUUUCAACAGGUAUUAUGAGUAAUUUACCCUCCCCGGACGGAACAAGCGGAGGAAUGGGUUUUGGUCUCUUUUCUGGCCAAACUCGCGGUUUCGCAAAUCUUGAAUGCGUCCUGGAUAACCUAGGUCAGACGGAUGCUCAUGGUCUUUUUGGAUCGGUCACCAGUUCGUUGGUACUGGCGCCGACAGAUGCUGCGCAACCUUAUGAUGUGUUUAGUGGUGCUGUCGAUAUGGUGGGUGGUACUCACCUGAGUUUGCUGUACAGGGACCGCCGAGUCACGUGCGACGGCAAUCACACUCUGGAAGGUGUCCAACGCCUGGUCGAUCUCCGCAGUAGUUUUCAAGGGAUGUUAGAUGUUAAUGUUCUUAUCGACGAUGCGCUGGAACCAGACCCAAUCGGCGCGAUGAUAGUCUCGCCUAGGAUGACUGGGCACCAUUUCUGCAGUGGCACCCAAGGUCAGCACCACCGGAUAGUGGUUCGACGAUAGCUUCUCGAACACCACUGGGAGCUCAGAAAUGGCCAUGUUGGUCAGGAAAAUAUCCAGGACAGAGUGGAAGGACACUCCGGUUCCAAGAUGUUGUAGUACCCGGUCUCAAGGUCUUCCGCCAGGAUGAUGCAAUUCCGGUUUUGUCUUCGGUUGCCCCACAUCUCGUGUCGAGCGGUAAAGUCUCCAGCAAUGAUGUACUUCGCCCGCCGCCGAGUAAGCUUGGCCAAAUCUAUUCGUAGUUGAGCAGCGGUACCGUCUCGGGUGAUGGUUUGCUUGGGACAGUACGCUGCGAUGAUGAUGAUUGGGCCAAGCGAGGUUUCGACUUCAACUCCGAUGGCUUCGAUAGUCUUAAGCUGGAAACUCGGCAGCAGGCGACGUUUGGCGUUGCUCCUUAUAGCGAUAGCAACUCCUCCACCCCCGGCUUUGAUCCCUCCAAUCGCACCAGCUGAAAGCCCGGAAGGAAGCCGUUAACAGACUUCAGAUGAGUCUCCAUAAUGACGGUAAUAUAGACCUCCUUCUCGCCAAGGAAAUCGAGAAGCACGACGUGUUUGUUCCUCAGAGAACAAGCAUUCCAAUUCGAAAUAACGAAGGGCUAAUGGUUCAUCGUUGGAGAUUAGGGCGACGGUUGCAGCAAGCUGCUGACUGCGGGUUUCAUAUUUACCCUGAAUUCUGAAUGCAGCGGAGAUGAUUUCUACCAGGUCCUCCGUUGAUUGUGGAGGGUCGUUUUUAGUAGAACCAGCGAACGUCCCAGAGGUAACGCCAGUAUGACAAUCCGAGAGUCGGGGUGGGUUCUUGGUUUGAGAGAGCAGCAGCGGCGGCAAGAGCGCAGAAAAUUUUGCAGCAGGGGUGCUACAUUUUGGAUGGCUGCUAUCCAGGAGCGGAAGCGGUUCCAGCACGAGGACCACAUGCCUGGUCCGGAUCGGUGGAAAUUGAUCAGGUGUGUAAGCCGGGGGAGGCUUUCGUUGACGUCCGUUCUGGUUGGCUGUUGAGGCUGCCUUGACACGAUGGUUUUGGCCACAGUUCGCUUUUUUUUUGCCAUCAGAUUGAAGGCAGGUAAAAGAGCAAUGCUCCCCAGCCCACUUGUCAUAGCGCGGAAUCAUUUUGCAGUUUCGUGUACCAUGGCCGAACAUUGGGUAACGUCACGGUGUUCGAUACGGUUCCCACUGGAUGAUGGUGUAAAACAGAUGUUUGAUGUCACACAGUGCACAGAUAGUCGUGCUUCUCUUAGUGAAGUGUACUAAGAACAGCUCAUCACGGUAAAGGUCGUCCUUGACGGUUUGGGAUAGGCGAUUCAUCGGGAACACUGUUUCUGGUUUAAAACCAAGCUGCUCAAGCUCGGACUUCACUGUCGACGUGGCCAAAGCUCGACACUUCACUUGGUGGAAACCAUCGGUCGACUGCUCCACGCAGUCACUGUCGGUUAUAUCGCCUUAAUGAACAGGAAGGGGCGGCUUGAUGCCAGCCAUGGAAGUACCCUUGGCGAGAUCAAGAAGACAGUCCAAGUACUCGACGGGAAAUCCAACGCAAAAAGAAAACUUGCAGAAUAAAAUACGCUAGCAGAGAAUGAACUGAUUGAUGAUUUUUGAUGAUGAUGAUGAUGAACUUCUCGUGCUGUUUCGUGCAUCUUAUGUACGUUUUCCUCGAUAUAAGAUGAAGAAGUAGGAGAAUAUUCAGCCUUUCGUUGCGAUUUGGUGCCUUCUGAAGUUUACACGUGUGUAGUCCUUCACGUUUUUUCGCAUCUUGAACGAAAAUUCUAUUCAAAUGCACUUUUAAGGUUUCUCUUGAAAGCUUGAACUAUCCGCUUGUGAUCGAUUACAAUAUAUGGAGAUCCAUUUUGGCCACUUUUUUCUUUUCGGUCGUGCUGAUUGCAAUUAGAUUUCGUACACCCCUUAUCGGCAUUAUCUGUCGUUGAUCCUAAAUACGCUCUAACGGAAUUCUAACGCUCUAACGGCUGUCGUUUGUUGUUUGUUUACCGCGCACGACGAAAAAAUACCACGAUGUCGUAGUAAAGUGCUUUCGCGGCACGCAGGUUAAGAGUUCGUAUUCCCUGAUGAGAAACUACUUGUUUUGCAACCGCCGCACAAUGUCCAAAAUGAUCGUAUGUGGGCGCCGACGUUGGCCAGCAUCCCCUCGUCCCACAUAGACAGCCCGAGGUUCCAAAGCUCACGCUGGUGUUUAUCGAGAACAACGGGAGAAUCAACGCCACGCACCGAAGUUUUAAAGAAGGUUGUGGCCCGGCACAGCGGGACCUCCCCGGGAAAGAUUACUAUGUCUUUCAACAGAACGGCACCCCGGCCCACAUGGCUAAUAUCCUCCAAGCGUGGUUUCGCGAGAAUUCAUCUGAUUUUCUCGAUAAGACUUUGUGGCUCCCCAGCUCCCGGACCCUUUGUCCGUUAGACUUCAAUGAAUGGUCGUAAAUGCUAGCCAAGCAAUACGAACAGAAAAAAAUAGCACCUAUUAGAGAUGCUUAGAAACCGAUGGACCAGGUGCGUACCGCGUAAUUCUUUUGAGAACCCUCUAAAGCUCGUCUUGCAGCACAAAGAAGGGUGGCAACUUUGGUAAUUUUUAUUCAAAGCUGCACGAUUUGUGGUUAGAGUUUCAAGUAUUUCGCAUGAGACAAAUUGGUCAUCAGUAAAGUUUUGUUCAAAUCACAAACUUUCUUGAAUUUAAAACAGUUUCUGUACUUUUGCAUCUAGUUUUUAUGAAUAUUUCAAUUAUUAGAUGAAUUGGUUCAUGGCAAUAGCUCUUUGGUUUUUUAAAACGUUUGUUUAAUCAUUAAAAGAACUACUACACAUUGUUGACAUCGAAUUGUGAUAUCUCUAUUGUCUUAAUAACAACAUGUCCCCGACCGAAUGCCCCGAAAGAGCUUCGCUUUUGCGUGAUUUUAAGCUUGCGAUUGAAAUAUAUCCACAAGUCGUUUUUUCUGCAGAAAAUUCUACGAGAACAAACAUAACAUCAUCUUCACAACCCGCUUUGGGAAGGAAUAACCAUUUGUAGCGGAAACGCAAGUACAAACGACAAACACUUCAACGAACAUAAAUUUCCCUACAGCAUCAAAAGAGACACGUUUGCACCGAUUAUUCGAGCCACGUUCGUAGCACGCAAUCAACUGAAAGCGGAAGCACACGUGUCAAAGGGCGAUAUUUCAUACUCAGCUGUGUGUAAUGCCGCAAUUUUCCUCAAAUGCUCAACCAGCUUGUAGAUGUCCGCAACUGCAACAGUCAACAGCAUCUGGGAAGCUAGUAAACUGACGCUACGUGCGACAAAAAAAAGUCAUUUUCCGACCAAAAUCGAAAUCGUUUGGCAGACGUGCGGUUUUCGAUCACAGUUCAUAAUAGCAUCGGGACAGGCGAGAAAAAAAAUUACCACAAAGUGAGAGGAUCUCAAUUACCUCGCAAAUUGGGCUCCUAUAACUGUUUUACGACUCUAAUAUAAAUCAUUUUACAAUGCUUUGGUUUCAUACUGCCAAACUUGCUUUUUUUCUAGUUGGUCUCGGAAUAAGAUGCAAGUCUAACAAGCCAAUCUUCGUAUGUUAGAGUCUCGGCUGUAAGAGUACGUUAUAGUCAGUAGAAUCGUAGCGCAGUUCUCCUGUACACUACUAACGGUUGGCUGUUAGUCUGUUUCGAAUAAACAGAAAACCAGUUUCCGAAGAUUGAAACGAAGAAGCUGGGUUUUACUUCUUUCUUGAUUUCAUAAAACAGAAAAUAUAGUAUCGUUUCUGCUCCAAACCCAUUUCUAAUAUAAAAGAUUGUUGGGUAAAAUCCAUUACGUUACGUUUGACACUCUGCAGGUUUCUUUUUCUAUUGACAAUGAAAAUACUAAAUGAAAAUACCUACAUUUUUUUGUGUUUCAUGCGCAUCAACGUUUGAAUUUAAUUGUUUGCUACACCAUGCGUUACUCCAAACGUCAACAAUAGCCCGUUUUAGGGUAAUGACGAGGGUAAUGACAAAAGUUGUUAAUUCAAUCCUUGAUAAUUACCCUUUUUUAUACGUAUAUCUUAGCAAUGCUUGCUCAUCCUAACACGAAUUUGCAAAAGUAGUUUUACAAGUAAUGACCAAAAUUUAUUCCAAAUUAUUGCAUAUAACUGGCGUCUGACACUAAUAGUGAGUAAAAAUAAUUACCAUUCGACAGUCCUUUCACAUACACCAUAUCAAACUGAUAUCGCGGUAGAGGUGAACACUUGCCAAUACAAUAAAUCAAUCGAUCGCAGAAAAAAAUUACCAGUCACAAGUGAACCAAUAUCGCUAGGGUGAGAAACACAGAUCAAAAUAAACUAAAUUUACCGAAAUUACAGUUGAAAAAUUUAUCACGGUAUUAUCUGUGAAUAAAGAGUUCAAGAGUUUAAAUACACAGUUUAAGGUAGCGUUUAAAGUUACGAAAAGUAGAAUAACUUAAUUAAGGGGUCCAAAACAAAUUCUAGCUGAAGAUUGACUUAGGAACAACUGAUACCAAAUUUCUCUAAAUGUCGUUGCCGAAAAUAAACGUUGUGGCCAUGUAGCAGUAUUUAUUUAUUCGAUGUUUGUAGCUCGAGUGAUAAGUGUGUGUUUUUGAUGUUGAACUAAAAGCAAAGUUCUAUCUAGAUAUAAUAAUAAACAGUGAUAUUAGCUGGAGCAAAAGCACUUGUACACUAUCAUCCACUCAGCCUUUCAAGGUUUUAAGAGUGCAACUCAUCAUCACGAUGUUUCAAGUCCUGGUUGCCAACUGUGAUCAACGUUAUCGAACAUUUAUUUAAAAUUUUGUGUUCCUCCAAUUUGAUGCCAGUAUACUAAGAGUAUAGAUUUCCAUCCAAUCCAAGGACUAAAACAUACAUGUAUAGUAUUUAUAGAUUGUUUAAAAGUAUGAAUUCGUUCAAUAUAUGGUUUGCACCAUUGCAAUUUUAAAUCAACUACUUUAUCCUACAUAAAACAAAUUAACCAUAAUGAUGCGUAAAAUCCACUUCAUAACAAACAUGCAGCAUACAAAUAGGCAGAAGCUAUGACAGAAUUAUUCUAAAGCAACAGAUGGGAAGUGUGGUCAAAGUUAUGCACCACGUACACUUCACUGAGGGAAUGUGAAUGAUUAUGCUUUUCUAGGUGCGUUUCCAAUGCAUCGUAACAUUUCGUCAUGAAAGCUCACCGUACAAUUUUUUGGAAAGCAACCUAAUAAGCAUAAGCAUACAUUUUCCCUUUUGUUCGUUUAGUGAUUAGGCUAGGAAAAUAGGAUCUAUUUUGAAAGUCAAACAUAAAGUCAAUGAGACAAAGAACAAAGAGUUUUCAUCUUUAGCUAAGAAAAUAUCACCUAGCAAUAACAGGCGAGAGUUGAUGACAACUCUUCACAUACUGUAAUGCCUUCACUUACAAAGCGAAUGAUCUACUAAGUGUGUAGAAGUUGAAUGCUGAAAAUAACGGCAUGUUUCAAUUCUUAGUAUCGUAAACAUAACGUGUAAGUCAGUUGAACCCGCUGUAGAAAAUUCUAAUAAUCUAAAGAGACACUAUCACCUGAACAGUGAAACACACAUCAUUAAACUAUAAGUAUCAAAGAUAUUCGAACGAAUCUCGAAUCGAAUAUACGAUGAAUGAAAUAUGAAGAACAAAAUCAAAAGUGCAUUGCCAUUGCAUCUAAUCAGAAAUAGUAUUGAAAUCCAAUGUAAAAAAAACUCUAAUACAAAAACAAGCGAUCAAAAGCAUAAAAAGUUUACCAAAGCGCGAAAAUUCGUGGUAUUUACACUGUAUAAUAUCAUUUAACUUCAUAUGAUUAGCAUACGAAAUUUGAACAGUUCAAUAAAAUAAAUUUUAAUCCGAA